AUGGCUGUGAGAAUGUAUCUCUGGCAGGCUGUGCUGGCCAUUUCUAUGUGGAAACGCGUGUUGGCGAACGAGAAACGUGAAUUAGGAUUAAACUUAUACGGAGGUGGAUAUGAGAACUAUUCUUUGGCGCAUGUUAAUGCCACGGGACCUGACGACGUUCUGCAUUACCUCUGGGGUGCGAGUCGAGGAGGAGUUUCGUUAGUUAUUGUCUUGACGAAGUUGGACACUGAAGUUAACAUUCGCUGGAAUGCAAAUGGAACCGAAGGCGUCAUGAGUGACAUCAAGUUCUCCGAAGAUCCAUUACUCUCUUUUGGAAUUAUCGUUCCUCUGGUCAUGCAGUAUAGGGACAUCAAAGAUACUGCGAAUAUUGGCACUGUUUCCGAUGACGAUGUGACAGUUUAUGACAUGAGGGACAUUCAAUGGCGAGGAACUGUCAGAAGCAAUGAUCCGGACUCAGUGGUUUUACGUUUCGUCGGGACAAAUUUUUUCCAAAAGAAUUUGACUUCUGGACACCCACUGAAAGAGGAUUCUCUUGUCUUUCAGGCUUGCUUUUGGCAAAGAAAUGACGAAGAUUUGGGGUUCGCGUUCCCCUUUUAUGGCUUUUCCCCAAGACUAAUGGAGCAUUCUAACAAGCUUGCUCGUUAA